CUUGCUCAAAUAAAUUAUACAAGGUCAAGUAGCGAGUGCGUCGCUCUCUUUAUCCGGCUAAACCAAAAGAAAUAUAAUAUAUACUUGAAAAGAGUUAGGCUGCAUGUAUUUGUCAAUGGGGUUUCAAUUCUAUAUUAUUUCAUUUAUGCCAGUUGGCCGGCAAGAAUUUCUUCAAUAAAAGCCUGCCCUAGUUGAUUCCGUUUCCAAUUUUCCAUGCAUAAUUAUUAGUUUAAUGUGAGACCCACACGAGACUUUAAUUACUCUCCCAUCUCUCACAUAUAUAAACCUGUAUGCUUCACUUAUCCGAAGCAAUAUAUUCAGUAACAAAGUCCAAAAACACUUUUACUUUCAUCACAAGAAUUAUGGCUUGUUGGUCAGCUGAGAAUGCCACCAAAGCUUAUCUCCGAGCUCUUAAAAUGGGAAAAAGAGGUAAAGAGCCUGAUACAGCUGAGUUCAUAUCUGCUCUAGCUGCAGGAAACAAUGCACAGCUGAUGGUGAUUGCAUCUGCUGGAGUUGCAGGGACCAACACACUACCAUUAAUAGCAGCUGCACAUCAAACAGGUGGCAGAGUAGUGUGUAUUUUAUCCGAAACAUCAGAUUUUAAUGAAUCAAGAAAUGCUUUAGUACCUUAUGCAGAUUCUGUGAGGUUUGAUGUAGGAGAUGCUGAAACCCUUUUGUUAAAUGACUAUAAAGAAGCAGAUUUUGUACUUAUUGAUUGCAAUAUUUGUGAUUGGAAAAGAGUUUUUAGAGCUGCACAAGAGUGUGGAAAGGAUGGCAGCAAGGGACUUGUAGUAGGGUACAAUGCCCUUCACAAGGGAUCAUGCAAUAGUGAUUUCAAGACUCAUUUUUUACCCAUUGGAGAAGGUUUGCUUGUAACUAGAAUAGGUGUUAAGGUUGGUUGUGGAGAUGGGCAUACAAAAAGAAGUAAAUGGGUUGUUACAGUUGAUAAGUGCACCGGCGAGGAGCAUGUCUACCGCAUCACUUCCCCAUCGCGAGAGAUCAAAGCCUGAGACAAAAUUGUAAAUAUCAAAUGACAUGUAAAAGUAAAUUUGAUCUGGAUUUAUGUUUUUUUGUUAAGAAAUCCAGUGUUUCUCUAUGUAAUUAACUUAAAUAUCAAAAUGAUUAGCUGAAUCAUGUUUCUUUUAUAGUGGAA